GUGGUUGUGAAACCCUGGCUGAGCAAGGAUGUUCUCUGAGGAGCGGCAGGAAGAACGGAGAGAUAGCGUGCGCUCAUCCAUCAGCUAGAUGAACUAGGGCUGUUUAUAAACACUGGGCUGCUGGGAAUGUUCUAAUGAGCCCACUCAUUCACAUAGUGAAACAUCAUUAUUUCACUUAAACAGCUCCUCAUUCCCAUCACUUCCCUUUCUGAUUCUGUGCAACAGGUCCAAACCAUUAAAUAUCGGUUCUUAACUUUUUACGCCAGCUUUGAAGUUGAUCUUAAAAGCUGGACAGGACAAUGUUAAAUUGUCCUUCUUGGUGUAUUAUCGACUUUCCGUGACCCUGUGUUUAAACUCACAUGUACUGGUAUGUGUUUGAAUUAAUGGUUUGUGUUGGAGGGAAGCGCUGUUUGUUUUGCGCAUGUGUGUUCCAGUGUGUGUUUGGCAAGUGUUGGACGUCAGGGGCUGAACUGCUGUCAACAUCACAAAUGCAAGAGGCACAGCAAGCUGAGAUCCAGCACAUGCAACAUCAGCGCUGAUUCAGACAUUCUCUGUGAAGAGCGAGAAUCCAACUGAUCAGAUGAGAGAGGGGACAGAUCCUGAGAUGAGCAUGUCAGUCAGUGGCUACCUCUCUGCAUCAGACACGUAUGACAUCACAGAGCCGCCACAGUACUAUGAUGUUCUUGUGGAUCCGCUGAGCUGCUCUUAUCAGGAACCAGAUCUACAAAGUCCUCUCUAUGGCCAGCAGCCAUUCAGCCACGUCAAUGUGCAGUUUUCAAUGUAUGGAGCGCCAAACGCUCAAGCGUGCAACCCGCCGUACCCCUACAGCCAUCAGUGCUCUGAGUUCACCUGUGAGCCAGACAUGGAGGUCCAAAGCCCAACAAGAGGGAGCAUUGUCGGUCUUCCAGUGCUAAAAAGACCCAGGAUGGGCCAUGGAGCUCGAGUGAAGGGCCAGGAUGAGCUGUGUGUGGUGUGUGGAGAUAAAGCCUCAGGAUAUCACUACAAUGCCCUCACCUGUGAGGGAUGCAAAGGUUUCUUCAGACGCAGUGUGACAAAAAAGGCAGUGUACCGCUGCAAGAGUGGUGGAAGCUGCGAGAUGGACAUGUACAUGCGGAGAAAGUGUCAGGACUGCAGACUGCGCAAAUGCAGAGCCGUCGGGAUGCUGGCAGAGUGUCUGCUUACAGAGGUGCAAUGCCAGUCGAAGAGACUGAGGAAGGGCUCAAAGUACAGAGGACACAAUGUUUCAACAGGAAGAGCUGAAGACGAAUACUCUGAAAGCAGAAGUGUCUCAUCCACCAGCAGAUUCACCACUCGGGUAUCUGGUUUCUCCAGAGAGCAGAGAUGCAUUCUGAAUAGAAUUGUUGAGGCUUAUCGCAGGUACAUAAUUCAAGACAACACGCACUGUCGGGUAUGUUUUUUCUUUUCAUUAAAAAUGAAAACACACAUACUGCUCUUAAUAUAUCAUAAGAUAUCACUCUUUUUCUUUCCCCAGGUGCCUCUGUGGUCAUGUUUGACAAACAAUAUAGAUCUGACUCCUCCACAGACGGAGAAGCUUUUGCAAUUUUUGAGGAGUGUACCUGGGUUUGAGCUUUUGGAUGGUUCUGACCAGAACACUCUUCUGUCCAGCUCUUCAGUUGAAGUCAUGUUCCUACUCUUGGCUCAGCAGUUCUCAGAGAACCCCACUAGUGUUAGCAAUGGUUUGAAUGAUGAGUUCUUGAGGUCUAUGGUAAAUUUCCUCCACAGCAUGGUGACUAUUGCGGUAACCGAGGCUGAAUAUGCACUUCUAACAGCGACUGCAGUAUUAUGUUCAGACAGGCCAUCUCUGCGUGCGGUGGGCUGCGUUGAGAACUUACAGGAGUUUAUUCUGGAGCUCCUGUCCCGUGCUUGCUGCUGCUGCAGUCAGGGGACGGCACAAGACCCACGACGCUUCGCCAGGCUCCUGGGACGGCUGACAGAGCUGAGAACACUACGACACAACCACCUCACCCUUCUCCCACAGCAGCCCUGGGACAUGCAGCCUUGAGGCAGCCUUUAGGGAGAAAGAUUUAUGACAUCUGAUCUCUGUUGCAAUACACUUUUCAUUUUUGACCAGAACAAUAUCCCAGGUCAGUGUACUUUUGGUUACCCGUGUGCAAACAUAGUUUAGUUUAAUACAAAUAAAACAAAUGUAAGCGUCAUGAUGUGACAGUUUCUUAUAUGCAUUAAAUAAAAAUGUUUAAUUUGUGUUUUAGGA